AUGGAUCUCACAGGGGACGAUACCAUCAUCUCCCCGGAUUCAAUCAACUUUGGCGAUGAAGUCAAGAUUUGGAACGAAGAGCACGGCAAGAGGUCGGAGCCGCUGUCACACAGGGGCCAGAAGAGGAAGAGUAUGGAUGUUGCCGACAUGGAUGAUUUCAAUUCGGAUGAUGAGUUUCCCGACCUUUACGACAUACUCGAGACUCCUGCUCCGAAGAGCAGCAAAGCGACCAAGGUCACAAAAAUCACCACUCCGAGCUUGCUGGAGACACACGACCAAGCCGUGCGCCCUUCAACGAACCGAAUUCAGAAAACAUAUCGACAAAUUAGUGACGAUGGCAAUCCUGGCACGCCCAGACGACCCAUGCCUCUUUCUCAUCACGAUCAAUAUCUGGGAAGAACGCCAAGCAAAGCGCUCGUCCUAUCGUCCUCGCCCAACACAGGUGAGCCUGUGGACUCAACGCCUGAUGCUUGUCAGGUUAAGGGCACGCCAGCGCCCGCCUUGGUCAAGAAACGCCGGAUUAUCCAGGACUCAGACGACGACGAGCCUAAUGACGAAUUGAUCACACCCCCGAGUCGACAUGUCUCUAUCGCUCAGCAAGAUCAUGAUGUGUUGAGAGCUAUACAGUCGCCUACGACCGAUGAUGAGCUGAUGGCCCUGGAAACACCCUCUCGAGCUGAGCUUGUUCAAGUCGCCCCAAUUACGAAAAUGGCGGCCCCAACUCUGCCUGCAAAGCAGGAGGCAUCAUCAAGACCAAUAUCUCAGUCGCAGUCGUCGGGGCCUCUAGUUGGUUCGCAGAUUCCAGGUGAUCCUGAUCCCGCCGUCCUAGAAUGGUUUCUCAGGACGGAGUUGGUCUUGGAGUCAAAGACGAAAAGCUUAGAGACACGAAUCACCAAGAAUAGUGAAGCCUUUGGCAUACUUCUGAAGCAAGGCGGGACAAAAGAAGACCGCCAGAAGGUAAAAAGCGAGAAGAAGGUCCUGCUUGCACAGAAAGAAGCGCUCAAAAGCGUUCAAGCUGUCGCUGAGCAGCUUAAGCCCCUUCAGGACGAGCGUCAAUUGCUCGCUGUUCAGCUAGCCGAAGCAUACGAUGCUGGCCUCGAUACCGAUGAUGAUGAGAGUCGUUUGGACGAUAUCUCCGACAGCAUCAAGGCUCUCGAGCAGACAUAUCUACCGCUCCUUUCAGCAGCGGGUAUCGAUGCCGACUUUAUGGCUGAACAUGAGCGCACCCAAAAGCCAACCGUGCAUUUCAAAGAUUCGGUCAUUCUCAACACACAGCCAUCCCACCCAGGCGCUGGUCAAAAAGUACACUCCCGAAAUGCGUUACCAUGCACUGAAGUCAUCCAGCAAACCCAAUUCUCUUCUGCGCCACAAUACAGACAGACAUCUCCUCCUCCAUUUCCACGAACAUCCACACGGACUCCUAAAGAUUCCCAGGUUUCGUAUGAUCGAGCACCAGCUGGGCACAUCCUUGUAGAAGAUGACGCUGAAGACUUCUUCGACGACAUUGAAGAAUCCGACUUGAGUGCAAUGACGCCAUCAUUUUCAGCUGUUUCAGCGUUCAAGCCUAGUGAUGGAACUUCAGCGAAAUUGUCGUCUAGGCCCGACACGUUUAGCGACGGCUUUGACGAUGAUGAUGCCAUGGUUGCCAUGGCAGAAGCGCACGAGACGAAUGAAAUGCCGUCCAAUGACAUGCUCAGCCGGCGUCCGAUUCUCGCCAAAACGUCAGGAAAUGCGGUCACUUCAUCAAAACCCAAGGCUGUGCCGAAGAAACGGGAGGCUGCAGUCCUGAAGGCAUCGAUUCCUGCCGAGUUACUGAAACAUCGUUGGUCCGAGGACGUGACCAAGGCCCUCAAGGACAGGUUCAGAAUGCGUGGCUUCCGGACCAACCAGCUAGAAGCCAUCAACGCUACGCUAGCUGGUAAAGACGCAUUCGUUCUCAUGCCAACUGGCGGAGGUAAAUCCCUGUGCUACCAAUUGCCGGCCGUGGUCACUAGCGGGAAGACGAAGGGCAUCACUGUUGUCGUUUCGCCACUACUCAGUCUGAUGCAGGACCAAGUCGACCAUCUCACGGCGCUUGGCAUCAAGGCUAAGGCUUUCAGCAGUGCCAUUCAGGCCCCAGCUCGACGAGAGAUAUUGGAAUUCAUGAACAGCCCGUAUCCCGAUCAUCAGUUCACGAUGCUUUACGUCAGUCCUGAGAUGCUCAACGCUAGCGCACAAUUUGAGCGUGCACUUGCGAACGUCUAUCGGAACCAGAAACUGGCGCGUUUCGUCGUGGACGAGGCACACUGCGUUAGCCAGUGGGGUCAUGACUUCCGACCCGACUACAAAGACCUGUUCAAGCUGCGCAGUAACUAUCCCAGCGUGCCCAUCAUUGCCCUGACUGCUACUGCUACCACGAAUGUUAUCGUGGAUAUCCAGCACAAUCUGCAGAUUGACAAGUGCCAAGUCUUUACGCAAAGUUUUAAUCGGCCGAAUCUGACGUAUGCUGUCGAGAGGAAGGAGAAAGGCCUAAUCGAAACAAUUGCUCAACUGAUCCAAAGCAAGUAUGAUAACCAGACGGGUAUCAUCUACGUCUUGUCGCGCAAGAACACAGAGGACGUGGCCACGAAGCUUCGCGACAAUUAUGGCAUCUCUGCAAGCCAUUACCACGCGGCUAUGAAGCCUGAGGAGAAGUGGAAUGUCCAGAGAAGAUGGCAAAAGGGCAGCAUCAAGGUAGUGGUUGCCACUAUUGCUUUCGGAAUGGGCAUUGACAAGCCUGACGUGCGAUUUGUCAUUCAUCACUCUCUUCCCAAAAGUCUUGAAGGGUACUAUCAAGAGACCGGACGUGCGGGCAGAGACGGUAAACCGUCCGAUUGUAUUCUGUACUUUGGGUACGGCGAUGUCUUCACCCUGAAGAAGAUGAUCAAUGACGGUGACGGCAGCGAGGAACAAAAGGAGCGGCAGCGAGGCAUGCUGAACCGCAUGUCGACGUACUGUGAUGAUCAGAAAGACUGUCGUCGAGUUACAAUUCUCCGCUACUUUGGCGAAGCAUUCAAUGUCGCGGACUGUAACAAGACUUGCGACAACUGUCUUCACAAGGGCGUGUUUGAGGAGCGGGAUUUCAGCGAGUUCGCCAUUGCCGUUAUUGAGACGAUCAAGGCGCACAAGUACCUGACUAUCAAUCAGUGUGCGGAUAUCCUGCUCGGCAAGAAGCGUCCAAAGACGAUUGACGACAAUCUCGACGACAACCACGGCUUUGUCAAAGGUCGCUUGGCAAAGCAUGAGAUUGAGAGACUAGUGGACAAGCUCCUUGCCGAAUCUGCUCUCCGGGAGGAGAACACAUUUAACAAGCAUGCCAAAAUAGCGAUACAGUACAUCUAUGUGGGCGUCAACGCCAACAAGUACAUCAGCGGUCGCAGCAAGUUGAUGAUGUCGGUCAAGGUUUCCAAUAAGGAUAAGGAAUCAUCGGCACCGAAGCCGCGCAAGCGAACGAAGAAAGAUUCAGCAGAUGGUGGAGACAAGCCCAUGCCUGGUCAGUCGCGGCUUCCGCCAUCGACCAACGUUUCCUCCCCAGCCACGGGCAAAACUACACGAAGAGCACAGGGGAAGAAUGUGGUGCUCGAUGAAGAGAGUGAUUUUGAAGAAAGAGAUGCCGACACUCACGUCAACGGCUACGAGAGGGAUGAAUUUGUCGUUUCAGACGACGAGUCCGAUGACGGAUUCGAGCCAAGGCCGGCGGCCAGGAGACGCAAAGUCGCUGUCCCGCUCGGACCUCGUAUCUCGCAGGAGGAUCGCUUGCGCGAACUCGAGGACUGGCAGCAGGAUCUCAUCGAAAACUUUGUUCGAGACGCCAAGGUGCUGGAAGAGAAGCUACGUAACCAGCAACAGCUGCGGAAACCGUUAUUCUCGGAAGCUAUACUGAGGGAGAUGGCCAUCAACCGCACGACAACGUUGGCCAAGAUGCGGGCGAUUUCCGGCAUUGAUGCCGAACGCGUCACUAAGUUUGGCAGCAAGUUCCUGCCGCUCAUCAAGAGCUGCGAGUCACUCUACGAGCAAGCAGACGAGCAAGACGACGCCGAGGGAUCGGCUUUGUAUGCUGGCCAAGGCGCUGACGCCAUCACUAUCAGCGAUGAAGACGGCGACGAGACGGAGGAUCUCGAUGAUGAGGAACGGGACCAGCCUUCAAAGUAUUUCCGCGGGGCUUCGGAGCACGAUGAAUCGGAGCCUGAGGUUCCUUCCCCCAAGGCAGCACGUGCGUGGGAGUCGAGAUUUGGGGCCACCGCAGGCCCUCGAGGGGGCUCGUACCGCGGAGGCGGUGGGCGUCGCGGUGGCUUUCGAGCGGGCAGCCGUGGAGGCAGCAGGAAGGCCAGCGGUUCACGGAAACAAUCGUCCGAAUACACGAGGCGAGGCAGCAGCAGCAGAGGCAGCGGCGUGACGAAGCGCAGGGCCUCGGGCAGCGCGCGAGGCGGGGGUUCUGCUGCGACAUCGGGCGCCUCCCGGUCUGCUCUCAUAUCAAGCUAUGCCUAUAGGGGUGGCGGCAAGUCGGGGGGCAGUGGUAUUGGGCUGAUGCCGACCUGAGUGAAGGCGGAGACGGAGAGAAGGACACAUAUCACGAGUGCUGUAGAUACGACGAGCACGGCUGUCAUUUGGGGCCUCCCAGGCUGUAUUCAUGAAAAGAGCGGUGGUCAUUAUGGUUUGGCGUCUUCAAGGGGGGCAUGGCAAAGUAUGCCUGGACAGCAUCAUCAUGGGGCGGCGAAGAAAAAAAGGGCACGGCGCAUUCGUAAUGCCUUUUUUUUUUCUCUCUCGAACGAUUCUCCAGCAGAGUUGCAUUUUCAACGACAUUAUGACCAAGUUGUUAUGGAUGCAAGGGUCGCGAUGUGAUAUCUGUCCUGGCAUGAGUGAUGAUGGUGAGUCUACAGAAUCAACACGCGU